AGAGGAUCCUUUUCAUUCAUGGCUCAGAGUCGGCCAUGGAAACCCUAGUCAUCCCUGUGCCUGGCAGCCCAGGGGAAACCAAGAGGAAAUCCUAUCUCUGGGUGUCUUCCCUUAGGGAGUUUGCGAUCUAAUCUAAUAGACCAGAACACUCUGUCAAAUACAGCCUGAACCAGGAUCUAUCCCCAGAGGGACUGCCAAACUGCCCUGCCAGAGUGUUGAUAGAGGAACACCCUCCCUCUCCAACUCCUUGGUUAUAAUGUGAGUGAGCGUUUAGAACAAGAGAUGAAGACGGAAUCCAGCUGAAUCCCAACUCUGACUCACCCUCUCCUGGACCACACUUGAAAAGAAAAAGUACAAGCCUUCCCCACGUAGUACCAGCAGGGUAACCCGAGAACGUCCCUGGAGCGCAUCUGUCCCUGCAAAAAGGACCUUUCAGUGACACUGAGAUGAGUGUAUCCCGCUCUAUUUAUAGGAGCUGUUUGUUUAAUUCGAGUCCGGUCUCUAAGAAUAAAUAAUGAACUCAUCCUGGGGACAAGCCAGAGACUACAACUCUGAGACAACCCAUAAAUCCCUUCCCCUUCCCUGCUGGUUCUGGAAGGGAUUCUAUAGUUCAAAGGUGAGCCGCGUUUCUCUCCUGGGCUGGGGUGGGCUUGAGACCCACGCUUGCUUGGAGAUUUGGUUCUGCGACGGCCUUUCAGGAUGGUUUGGGAACUGUUUUGGUGUUUGAUUGUGAAUUGGUGAUUGAAGACUAGACUUUGGACCUCUCCGUCACCCCCAAAGGAGAACAAAGACCAAGUAUCUUGAGCCCUUGGUUGGUUAAACUUCAGGUGCAAAGACUCCCAGUAGGACUCAGAUAAGCCUCAGUGAGGAGGAUGCAGCAGUGCAGAAGAAAAAUCCCUUUCUUUCUGGUACCUUCCGAACCUGGUAGCAGAGACUGGACCCGGGCUAUCUCCUAAGGUUCACAGUCAAGGUGCUAAGAAAGAGAAUGUAAGACAGGAAGAUAGUUAAAUCUUUACUGAGUCUCUUCAACAGGCCACAUUUAAGAGGUGUCUUGUACCCCCCGUUGCCAGUGGCUGGAACACAAUGGAUCACACAGGGGCAGUGGACACUGAGGAUGAGUUGGGACCUUUAGCCCACCUUGCUCCAAGUCCUCAAAGUGAAGCCGUUGCCCACGAAUUCCAAGAGCUCUCCCUGCAGUCCAGUCAGCACUUACCCCCUCUGAACGAAAGGAAGAAUGUGCUCCAGCUGAGGCUGCAACAGAGGAGGACGCGAGAGCAGCUAGUGGACCAGGGCAUCAUGCCACCUUUGAAGAGCCCAGCGGCAUUCCAUGAGCAGAUAAAAAGCUUGGAACGAGCCAGAACUGAAAACUUUUUGAAACACAAGAUUCGGAGCCGACCAGAUCGUUCUGAACUUGUCAGGAUGCAUAUUUUAGAAGAAACAUUUGCAGAGCCAUCCCUGCAGGCCACGCAGAUGAGGCUGAAGAGAGCACGACUGGCGGAUGACCUGAAUGAAAAGAUUGCCCAGAGGCCUGGCCCCAUGGAGCUGGUGGAGAAGAACAUCCUCCCCGUGGACUCCAGCGUUAAGGAAGCGAUUAUAGGUGUUGGGAAGGAGGACUAUCCCCAAACUCAGGGCGACUUCUCGUUUGACGAAGACAGCAGUGACGCUUUGUCCCCAGACCAGCCAGCCAGCCAGGAGUCGCAGGGCUCGGCCGCGUCCCCGAGUGAGCCAAAAGUUAGUGACUCGUCAUCUCCUGUGACCACAAAUACUCCAGCCCAGUUUACUUCAGUGCCCCCAGCAGUUCCUGAAUUCUUGAAAACUCCUCCUGCGGAUCAAACCCCUGCAAGGUGCACAGCUCCUGUCCUCCCCACAAACACUGUGUCCUCAGCAAAGCCCGGGCCAGCACUGGUGAAGCAAAGCCAUCCCAAGAAUCCAAAUGACAAACACCGGAGCAAAAAGUGUAAAGACCCCAAACCACGGGUGAAGAAGCUGAAGUACCACCAGUACAUUCCACCGGACCAGAGAGGUGAGAAGAAUGAGCCGCAGAUGGACUCCAACUACGCCCGCCUGCUCCAGCAGCAGCAGCUCUUCCUGCAGCUCCAGAUCCUGAGCCAGCAGCAGCAGCACUACAACUACCAGACCAUCCUGCCCGCGCCACUCAAGCCACUAAAUGACAAAAAUAACAGUGGGAAUUCAGCUUUGAGCAAUACCACGCCCAAUACACCAAGACAGAAUACAUCUGCUCCCGUGAGAAAGCCAGGACCUCUGCCUUCUAGCCUGGAUGACUUAAAGGUAUCAGAACUGAAGACAGAGCUGAAGUUAAGGGGGCUCCCAGUGUCGGGCACUAAACCAGACCUCAUCGAACGCCUGAAGCCCUACCAGGAAGUGAGCAGCAGCGUAGCAGCUGGCGGCAGCGUGGCGGUAUCAACAUCUGCUGUUGUCACCAGCAACCCAGAGGUCACCAUGGCGCUGCCCGUUACAACACUACACAACUCUGUGACUAGCUCAAGCUCCACUUUUAAGACAGAAUUGCCAGCUGCCGGAACCAGCAACGCACCCCAGGUGGAAACUGUUAACUCCCCCCUGCCAAUCUCCCCGUCUCCCUCCGAACAGUCCAGCCUCAGUACUGAGGACACGAACAUGGCAGACACUUUCACCGAGAUUAUGACCAUGAUGUCCCCUUCACAGUUCCUGUGCUCAUCUCCUUUGAGGGUAACAAAUAACGAAGACAGCCUGAGUCCCACCAGCAGCACUCUGUCCAACCUGGAACUGGACGCUGCUGAGAAGGAUCGCAAGCUUCAGGAGAAAGAGAAGCAGAUUGAAGAGCUAAAGAGGAAACUGGAACAAGAGCAGAAACUUGUGGAAGUUCUGAAAAUGCAACUUGAGGUUGAAAAACGAGGACAGCAGCAGCAACAGCGGCCGCUGGAAGCCCAGCCUGGCGCACCAGCAAAUCCCAUCAGUCAGUUAGACCAGAAACAUGGCGGCUCUUCCAUCAAAGACGAGACGGCGCUCACAGACUGCUCCAGCUCCAGGCAGCCCAGCCCGGGAGCCGGCCAUCCUGCAGGCCAGCCCCUCCCUGUGGGCGGCCAGACCCUCGUUGCCAAAAAGGCUGUCGUUAUCAAGCAAGAGGUCCCGGUGGCCCAGGCGGAACCGCAGAGCAUCAUACCCCAGUUCUACGUGAGUCCCCAGGGGCAGCCGCCACCGGCCCUCGUCGCUCAGCCCCAGGCGUUACUGACCACACAGACUGCUCAGCUGCUGCUGCCAGUGUCCAUCCAGGGCUCCAGCGUCACCUCCGUGCAGCUCCCAGUAGGCAGCCUCAAACUCCAGGCCCCACAAGCAGGAAUCCAGACUCAGCCCCAGAUAGCAGCUGCUGCCCUGUCCUCAGCCCUGGCCCCGCCUGCACCUCAGAAGCAGGACGCGUUCACACCGCGUGUGCUCAGUCAGCCCCAGCAAGUCCGAAAGGUUUUCACAAACUCAGCAUCAAACACAGCCCUCCCGUACCAGAGGUCACCUGCGCCCGGGGUCCAGCAGCCCUUUAUCAACAAGACGUCUGCCAGCGUGCUUCAGCCCAGGAGCGCCCCACUUCCAGCCCUGCAAAACGGCCCUAACACGCCCACCAAGCCUAGCUCACCCCCUCCGCCCCAACAGUUCGUCGUCCAGCAUUCCCUGUUUGGGAGCCCAGUCACCAAGACAAAAGACCCUCCCCGGUACGAGGAGGCCAUCAAGCAGACAUGCAGUGCCCAGCCCGCCCUUCCAGAGAUUUCCAAUGCUCACAGUCAGCAGAUGGACGACCUCUUCGACAUCCUCAUUAAGAGUGGAGAGAUUUCCCUCCCUAUAAAAGAAGAGCCCUCGCCCAUUUCCAAAAUGAGACCAGUGACAGCCAGCAUCACCACGAUGCCCGUCAGCACAGCGGUGUCCCGGCCGCCCCCCCAGGUCCAGAUGGCCCCGCCCAUUUCCCUAGAGCCUAUGAGCAGCCUGUCGGCCAGCCUAGAGAACCAGCUGGAAGCUUUUUUGGACGGAACUUUACCUCCGGCCAACGAAAUCGCCCCGCUCCCGAGUGGCGGUGAGGAUCGCGUGGCCUUCUCCCUGAUGGAGGAUCUCCACAGUGACCUGCUGAGUCACCCCGGCGUGCUGGACUCCUCGCAUUCACCCAUGGAGACGUCCGAGGCCCAGUUUGCCGCGAGCACGUCCUGUCUCUCUCUCGACCUCCCUGACUCAAACCUGGACACCAUGGAGUGGUUUGACAUCACCAUGCCCAGCUCCUCGUCAGGACUCACGCCUCUCAGCACCCCCGCGUCCAGCGUGUUCUCUGCGGAGUUUCUGGACCCCCAAGACCUGCCGCUGCCGUGGGACUAGUGUCACAGGUUUCAUGAGGCCUCAGGGGAAGAGGAGUCUGAAAAGCCUGUUUUUAGAGACAGACCCAUAGCUGCAUUGUUGCAAUCACCGCAGGCUGUCAGAACGCACAGCCCGUCAGCCUGGAAACCAAGUUUGAAAACACAUCAUUGCAACCUGCAGAGGAUUCUACAAUUUCAUAGCGCCAGGGCCUUCUGGAAACAUCACUUGCCCAAGAAGACUCAUGUCCCUUUAGAGAAAGAAGAGUAAUCGUGCAGGGGGAUGACGUGAGCGUUCCCUGGUGAGCAACUACCUUUACGCCUCUGCGGCCACUUCAAGACCCCAGAGGAACGGCAGACGGCGCCGCUCAAAAAAAGAAUGCGGGGAUGACGGAUCAUCGGGGUGCUGCCCGGGAUCGGAGGCUGUGCGGGCACUGGCCAGAGCCACCACAGCCCAGCGGUUCUGGUUCCCUUUAGAAACCCAUGUCAUGUGUAGUGUCCUCGUUUAUUUUGUGAUUUUUUGGAAUCUAAGAUUUCGCAAUUUAAAUUUCAGUGAAAGACAUUUGACCAUCACCAGACAAACAUACUGUGGCGACCAGUCCAGGGACAUUGGUGAGCCUGUGAGGGCGCGGCCCGUGACCGCACGGCCUCGGCGGGGCGGGGCGUCCGCCGCCUUGGGGUCCCUGCUCCUCCCGGAGUCCUUGAGCCGCGGGUAUCUCCACGCUGACUUUCAGGUAACCAGACCCAUCUCAAAGAACCCCGAAAAGGCUUUAGCACAAACGUCUUCCUGAGCUGGCGAGUGAGGAGGGGGGGACCUCAAGCCGGGACCUUCCCGGGUGGCUCCAGGUCGGCCGCGGGUCCCCGCUCUGACCGUCCCCGUCUCCGUCACAGGCUUGUAACUGGAUGUCGCACCCGCGCGCCUAAGAUUGAAAAACUGGAGGUUUUAUUAGUUUUUUACAUAGAAAAAGUUAUCCAUUUAAGAAUUUUCUAAAAUGCCAACUGUCGCAGGAUCUCCAAAGUUAUUUCAAGCUCGUAUUUAGUUUAUGACAACAUGUAAAUAGCCUGAACAGCUACAACAGGAGCGUGGAGGUUUUCGCUAAACUGCACAUCAUGUUCCACGUCAUGCUCUACGCCGCGCCCGCACCCAGGGCAGGCCGCUCCCCAGGCCAUUCCCACGGGGACGUGCAGAAGACAACCUGGGGAACCUGGGGCUGGUGUCUGUUUUGCCGAAGAGCUGAUCUUAAUGCAGAUUUUUAUAUCGGCUUGUAGAUUUUACUGCAUGUCUGAAAAGUCCGUUUUUCCAGCAUUCAGUCACCCAAACCUGGAGCCCGGGCUGCCUGGCGCUGCCUGGCCUGAGGUGGGCGCUCGUGCUCCGCGGGGUAGAAAUCCCGAGCCCAGGGCAGGGGUCCAGUCACCACCUGCCCCAGCCCAACAAGAGGGGCCGCACCCCAGCGUGCCAGCGCCUCAGGCGGGCUCCAUCCCGCGGGCCCCGUCUCCACGGGCGUCACUGGUGACUGGGAAGGUGCUUUUCUCGUGGGAGGUCUGGCCCGUGGCGUGUUCUCUGGCCGCACUCAGACUCGUGCCCAGUCGAUGGCGUGUCCAGCCCCGGCAUCUGAGGGACCGAAGCAGCCACCUGCACAGCGGGUGCCGGAAACUUGCCGAGCAACGUUCUGUCCCCACCAUCCUGAGCUGUGUCCACAGACCCCUUUUCCGCACUCAGGCCCCUUGUUGCUUUUUUAAAACCAGGUUUGAAACCUACUGCAGGACAGCUGCCCUCCAGAACACACCCCGCCGCGCACGCGUGUCCACACCUGUAGGGACCAGCACGUCCGCUGACAAGGAGAGCUCCCGCCCGCACCUGUCCCUGGGCCCGGGCGGCAGCGACCCAGGCGAGGGGGGCGCUAUCCCCAGGCCCCUCUGCCCUGUCAGCGCGCAGAAUGGAGCGCGUGGGAAAGGCGUGUGUGCUAAGAGGCUUCUGAUGGAGGCGAGUUUCACAGCCACGAAAGUGCAGGGCGAGCAGCUGGGGGACCGUGGUGUGCGCGGCUCCCAGAGGGGCUGCCCUGAGCCGCCGCGCACACGUCACAUGGCCAAGAAAACCACUAACGCCCGGAACGCGGUCUCAGCUGCCGAGCGUUCCGGAGACACUAGAGGAUGGAGCUCCCCUGUCCAGGCAGAGCAGGUCACGUCGGGGCAGAAUGAACAGAAGUCACACCCGAGGUCUCCGGGGGUCCGGGCCGCCGUGGGCACAGACAGCAGUGCGGGGACACCUCGGGCAGCCUCAGGACUCCCCGUCUAGACGCCCCCUGAGACGUG